AAAAAGCCACAUAGAUUACGGAACAAUCCAACGUGGAGGCUGUUUUAAAGAGAAGAAACUCAACCCCUCACAUGUGUGUGUGUAUUUCUCUACUAACAAAAGGCUAAAGCUAUGGCUACCAGUGCUGGUUCAGGAAGUGGAGAGAAUAGACUCAAGUCCUACAAAACCAAAGGGUUCACUUUGGAGGAGUCAAGAAAAAAAAGAGAGGAAGAAGGAAUUCAAUUGAGAAAAUCGAAGAGAGAUGAACAAUUAUCCAAGCGGAGGAAUCUGGAUGCAGUGCCAGACAUUGUGGAGGCUGGUGGAGCAGCUGCAUUCUCUUUCCCUGAGGACACACCCCUGGACAUGCUCUGUAAGGCUCUGUUCAGUGUGGACCCUCAGGAGCAGCUGGCAGCAGUGCGGAGGUUUAGACACAUACUCUCACAGUUGAACAAUCCACCGAUUGAGGAGGUCAUUAGGUUGGGCUGUCUCCCAAAGUUUGUAGAGUUUCUCCACUGUUCAACCAGUCCGUUUCUACAGUUUGAGGCUGCCUGGGUCAUCACAAACAUUUCAUCUGGCUCCACCCUACAAACACGUACGGUCAUUGAGGCCGGAGCCAUCCCACCUCUUGUGCAGCUGCUCCUCUCACAGCACGACUACAUACGGGAACAGGCUGUAUGGGCACUAGGCAACAUAGCUGGAGACAGUGCUGAGUACAGAGACAUCACUCUAUCAUUUGGUAUAAUGGAGCCUCUUCUGUUAUUACUACAAGACCCUACCCUCAAGGUGGCUGUGAUGAGAAACGCCACUUGGACUCUCUCUAACCUUUGUCGGGGGAAGAGCCCACCACCGGACCUAGGGGCAGUGCAACUGUCCAUUCCAGUGCUGGCUAAACUACUCCACUCUGAGGAUAUGGAGGUUCUCUGUAACUGCGCUUGGUCUGUCGCGUUCAUUGGUGAUGGUCCUAACGAUCGUAUCCAGCGUAUAGUGGAUGGUGGUUUAUGUCGACGUCUGGUGGAGCUGUUGUUCUUCCCUGAUAAGAAAGUGUUAGCCCCUGCCCUACGAGCCGUGGGUAACAUCCUCACAGGGGACGACCGUCAGACACAGCUGCUGCUCAACUGCUCAGUUCUGCCUGCACUACAACAUCUCCUGAGCAGUCGCUUCGAAGGAGUCAAGAAGGAGGCGUGUUGGGCUCUAUCCAACGUCACCGCCGGCAACAGAGUGCAGAUACAGACUGUGAUUGACUGCAACAUAUUCCCGCUACUAAUCGAGGUGCUCAGCUCGGGGGUGGACUACAAGACGAGGAAGGAGGCUGCGUGGGCGGUACUCAACGCCACACAGGGGGGAACAGCCGAGCAGAUCAGAUACUUGGUGGACGUUGGUUGCGUAAAGCCGCUGUGUGAUCUGCUGACAGUGCAAGAUCCUCGUAUGGUCAUGAUCACUCUGGAGGGACUGGAGAAUAUACUCAAGAUAGGACAACAGGACGCUGUGAAGAAUGUCAACCCUUUUGCCCUCAUGGUGGAGGAGGCCUAUGGCCUGGACAAGAUCGAGCACUUGCAGCAGCACAGCAGUGAACAAGUGUACAAGAUUGCACUGAGAAUUAUUGACAAGUAUUUCGGUGAUGACCAGGACCAAGUGGACUUACAGCUGGCCCCAAACCCUGCCAAGGACGGAGAACAAUAUAUGUUUAAUACCAACACACAAUUGCCUGAGGGCGGUUUCCAAUUCUAAAACUCAAUCUGUAAUCACUUUUCAUGAUGUAUGUAUGUAUGUAUGCAGUUAUUUGUCUAUUUUGUUACAUUACUUUGUCAAUUUAAAAUGAAUUUGUUGACUCUGCUAA